AUGCUCCGAGGCUUCACUUCUCCAUUUGACGCGACGGUCGUCAGUUUGCUGCAGGAUUCAGGUGCAGAUGUUAUCGGAAAAACGAAUUGUGAUGAAUUUGGGAUGGGGUCACUAAAUAUUCAUUCCUGCCACGGUCCAGUUUGGAAUCCAGUCAACCAAGACUGCGCAACUGAUUCCCUUGAAGCAAGAUCUGCCGGUGGAAGCUCUGGAGGAAGUGCUGCUGCUGUGGCUGCGGGAUUAUGCGACGCAGCGUUAGGCACGGACACAGGCGGAUCUGUUCGUCUUCCCGCAUCGUACUGUGGAGUUGUCGGACUCAAACCGUCCUAUGGUCUCAUUAGUAGAUGGGGCGUAGUUUCCUACGCAGAUAGUUUAGACUGCGUUGGCAUUCUGGCGUCCGAUGUCGAUACAACGGAACGCAUUUUUCACACGCUCGCGGUUUUUGACGCUUUAGAUCCUACUGCUGCGCCUCUUGGUCUGAGGAAGGAGGUGUACCAAUCUACGGAAAAGCGACUUUCUUCAAUAAAUUUUGCCAAAUCCAAUUCUCUGGAAGGAUUGCGUGUCGGCAUUCCGCAGGAAUACUUCCCCUCUGAACUAUCAACUGAAAUUAUACAGCAACUCCGGAAUGUCGUUUCCGAACUGAGAUUACGCGGGGCCAUGAUUAUCCCGAUUUCCUUGCCAUCCACAUCCUACGCCCUUAGCUCGUACUACGUUCUUGCUAGUGCAGAAGCGAGUAGCAAUCUAGCUCGUUACGACGGGGUGCAAUAUGGUUCGUAUGUUAAGCCGCCUCCGGGUACCGAUAUUACCAAGACAUCGAAUGUGUAUGCCCAAAGUCGAACAGCGGGUUUCGGUGAAGAAGUCCAGAAACGCAUUCUCCUCGGGACAUAUGCUCUCUCCGCCGAUGCUUUCGAUAACUACUUCCUCCAAGCCCAACGAGUCCGCCAGCUCAUCAAGGAGGAUUUCAAUCACGUCUUCGCCAUUCCAAAUCACUACUCUGACUCGCCGGUCAUGACCAGUUCAAAAUCUCCGAAAGUCGACGUUCUCUUACAUCCAUCCGCCAUUCGAACUGCUCCGCUGCUGAACGAAGUCUCGUCCGGUGCCUCCGAUCUCAGUGCCUAUGUUCAGGACGUUUUGACCGUGCCAGCAUCUUUGGCAGGCUUGCCCGCUUUGUCAGUCCCCGUGAAAGACUCGGACAGAGAAUCAGAACGGUGGCCUGUCGGUAUCAGUGUUGUAGGGCAGUGGGGUACAGAUGAGAUGGUUCUCGCUAUCGGAAAAGUCGUGCAGGAUUUAUAUCGAGAGUCCUGA